UGAAGGACGAUGAACAUUUGAACAAUUCGGCCUGAACUUCUCUCUCACCGUGCUGGUGUCGUUGUAAUUCUUCGAAUCCGAUAGUCCAGAUGUCCUAACAUUCUUCCUUUGUCAGCCUUUUCAGAUGGUUGAGCAGUUGUUUCCGAUACUCAACCUACUAGCAUAUCCUAGUAUUGAAGUGGCUGAGUGGUUUUUGGUUCGAACCAUAACACGGUCUGGUCUCUGAGGGUUACCAGCCUCGAUGGAAACCACACUUUUCAAUGCAGAACUCUUCCAGUGGCGACCGUCUAAAAUAUUCAGACUGGUCGGAGUUCCACAUGAUUAGACUUAAAUAUAACUUUAGAGUGAUUUUGCAUUGGAUCCAUCUCUCGCACAAUAUGGUUUACCUUUGAAUGCUACUUUAGAUGACCAUGCUAUUGCACAAGCUCUUCAGGAUCAAUAAUCAUCUAAAUUAUUUAUCCAUUCCACCUUUCUAUCUUCAAACAAAUAAUCUCUGGGAAAAAGUCAUCUUGUUAGUUAAUAAAGCCACCUGAACCAGGGCUUACGAAUUAGAAUUUUCAGGAGUUUUCGUUAUCUCAUUUUAUAGUUGAACUGUUUUCGGAACCGUAUCAUUCUAGCUAUAAUGAAGAGAAUUGUGAUGACGAUGGUGAUAAUGGUGAUGAUGAUAAUAUUGAUGAUGGUGAUAAUGAUGAUGGCGAUGUUGAUGAUAAUUUUAGAGAAUUCGCAGACUCUCUUCUUUAUUGUAAAUAUUUUCCCCACUUGGUUCUUAUCAUUUUAGUUUUAAAUGGAAGUAAGUUAGAUUUGCUGCAAAACGAAAUUCGUACCACCAGUUUUUCAGAAUACGAAUGGUGCAGCCUAGAAAAGCAGUCUCUUUAAUCUCUUUGAUGGUGAGGGUUAACGUUAAUAAGAAGUACUAAAUGAAAAAUUUGUUAAUAAUGAUAAAAAUUCAUAUUUUCUAGAUCAUCCCAGUAGGAAUUUUAUAAAGACUUGGAAUACUUGGAAAAGUUAAAAUUUGUAUAACGAUAUCAUAAUCGCAUAGUAUAGUAUAUGACCACAACAUUCUUUUUAUAGCUU